CACGGCCACGCUUCUGUUGUCUUCAAGUUCAGUAAGCUGUCUCGUUCGGUUCAAGGGGGAAAAUGCCAGCGCCGGCGGGCACAAAGAGAGUUCGGGGAAUCUCGAUAUUCCGUCCGUUCGUGUUUGGAAGCGAAGCGCAGCCAUUUGACCCCAAUAAGAGGCCGCCUAAUGUCCCCGAAGACCAUACCCACCAAUGGCGCGUCUACGUCAAAGGCAUAAACGAUGAAGACAUCUCCUACUGGCUCAAGAAAGUCCAAUUCAAGCUCCACGAGACCUACGCGCAGUCCAUCCGAACCAUCGAAGGACCGCCAUUCGAAGUUACGGAGACGGGCUGGGGUGAAUUCGAAAUCCAAAUAAAACUUUACUUUAUCCCCGAGUCGAUGGAGAAGCCGCAGACGUUAUGGCACAGUUUGAAGCUGCAUCCCUACGGUCCAGAUGCCGAAGCUAAGAAAGCGAGACGAGAUACCAUCACCAGUCAGCAUUAUGAAGAGGUUGUGUUCAAUGAGCCGGUGGAGCAAUUUUAUAAUCUCCUCACGGGGGGAGCUCUGGCGCCCCAAGCUCAGCCCAAGGGAAAGGCUGGAAAAGGCGCAAAGCAACAACAGCCACAGGGCGGACGCACGGCGGAGAUCCCAUACUCUGACACUCCCAAGAAUCCAUACAGUCAGAAGUCAGAGGCGAAGGAACUCGAUAAGCUCGGCGAAGCUACAAAAAUGGUUGAUAGGAUGCUGAAAGAGGAGCGAGCUAAACUUGCGGAACGAGAGGCACAUUUGGCGAAAUUAAAAGAAACUGAAAGCUUACCGGUCGUCCAGAAGAAAAGAUGAAUACGGCCCUUUGGCAUAUAGUGCCUGCACUAUCGUCGUAGGGUUCUAUCUCCACGGUCAGGAUACCGAACCCGAGCUGAAUCAGGGACCAAAGAUUUGGCCUGUCGACUUAGUGCUAUAACAUUUUCUUGAAUACGGAUAUUAAGGCAGCCCAUUAUUAUGGCAACACGGUCUUAUCAAAGAUAAGGAUGGGGCAAUCGCUCGGGUGAUGUACCGCUACUACUAGCGGAGUACAAUGCUGUAUGCUCUGCAGAGUAUAUUAUUUCACAAAUCCUUUUCGAUGGAACAGUGACUCAAACCUGAAUGCUCUUGGGCAUGCUCAUUCUUCCUCGAUAUGGAUUCAUGCAACGGCGUUCAAGGAAUUGCUGAAAACCGAAAAUAUCUCCUGCGCAAUGCGAGGCCAUGGAGAGUUUACGGCUAUGUGCUCACGGGGACCAAUGUAUGAUUUCCCCCAAAGUAAGCUCUUGGAUAGCACUGCUUACCUUGGAAGGCGUUUAAGCAUCCUCUCCGAUGUGAGUCCGUUCGACGUGCGUUUCUUCGAGAGACAGGGGUAAAAGGACGCUGAAGUGUAUAUAGUCAAGCUCGAUGGCCGUUGGCACUGCUAAUUAACAUUUAAAAGACGAAUAUACAUGUUUAUAAAGACAGG